AUGGUGAGGCGUCGCGAAACGCAACAUGCCGCGCAUACACCGCCAGCUGGGUCAAGCGACCACAGCGGCGAAGGCACGCGGCCGGAGCUUGCUCUCGUGAUGGAGCAACAGGCGCCAAUGGUCAUGCGGCUCAAGGAGCAUAUCGAGAAAGGCUCGAGCUACCACGACCAACAGGUGACACGUUUGGGCGGGUCGACACGAUGA